AUGGACAGACCAGAACGGACAGACCACGGCCAGCGCGGCCGGGCCAUACCUAUCGCAUACAUACAUAACCAUCGUCAUUAUACUAUCGCAUUGCCGCUGCUACAUACUUCUUACUUCCUGCUGUCACCACUCUGCAAAUACCACGCCUCGUCUUCUGCUUCGUCUUCUGCUUCGUCUUCCGACUCAGUGGAGGGAGUACGCGGAAAGAGGAGCGGAGAGGUGGCAUCCAGCAGCCAGAGCCAGAGCCAGAGCCAGAGCCAGAACCAGAACCAGAACCAGAACCAGAACCAGAACCAGAACCAGAACCAGAACCAGAACCACAACCAGAACCACAACCAGGGCCAGGACCAGAACCAGGACCCGAGCCAGGACCAGAACCAGGGCCAGCCCGCCAGCCAGUCAGUCCACCCCGUCCAGCCAUCAAGGCCAUCCCCGGCGGGGGGCGUUAGGAGAAGAACUCUGGGAAGAGCAAAACUACCCCUUUGGACCUUCCCCUCUUCGCCGCCGGUACCCGACUCUUCGCGCGGAAUUCUGUUCUGA